UUACAAUGUCCGACGUUGAGGAUGAUUAUAUGUCUGACAAAUUUUUGUCGGGUCUGCAGGAAGUGCGUCCCAGCUUGUUAAACAAUCGCGCCAAGAAACGAGAAAUCGAGGUGCAAGCAAAGCAAGAGCAAAAUAAUAAACGACAACGAGAAGCGGUCAAUGCUGUUUCUGUAGACAAUGCGCGCCUGCAGGAGUCGCUCAACAAGCCGCUGGCUGCUGACAACAAGGGCUUUCAACUAAUGGCUAAAAUGGGAUACAAGGCAGGCAGUAGGCUGGGAAAACAGGCGGAUGCUCGCCUGGAACCCAUCGGAAUAACCAUCAAGAAAGAUCGUGGUGGCCUGGGCCGGGAGGCAGCCAUUGCCGAGCUUGCAGCCAAGCGGCAAGAGCUGAGGCGUGAGCAUAUGCUACGCAAGGCGGGCAUAGAAUCCGGUGAAGAAAUCAGCACAGAGGCAUAUCGACGGAGAGCCACUCAAAAGGCGGAGGAGCGCAAGCUAAACUACGACAUAAAAAGUUGUCAGCAAACGUGCGAAUCGCUGGACUUGGCUGCCGGUGUUGCUGAGCCAGAACUAGAAUUCUUCUGGCCUCCCAAGCCUGUAGAACCCAUUGAAGAGGCAGAAAGCGAUGAAAAGCAGGCGUCGCAGCAAGAUGAGGAGCAGGAGGAGCAGUACAGCCCAAGCGAGCAGCUGGAGCUACUGAUCAGCUAUCUGCGCACUGCCUAUACAUUUUGCUAUUGGUGUGGCACACACUACGAAAGCGUCGAGGAUUUGGGUGGUAAUUGUCCCGGUUUGACGCGGGACGAACACUAAUUAUAGAUUUAGAUUCAUUAUUUAGGUGUUAGUUUCACAAAAUACGUGCACAUUUAUGUAUAUUACAAUAAAACGUAGUCAAAAAACAGUUA